AAGUGGCCAGACCGGAUGGCCGGACAGACGGACAGGUGUGGGACAGAUGGACAGGUGUGGGACAGAGGGACAGGUGUGGGACAGACGGACAGGUGUGAGGGACAGACGGACAGGUGUGGGACAGAGGGACAGGUGUGGGACAGACGGACAGGUGUGGGACAGAGGGACAGGUGUGGGACAGACGGACAGGUGUGGGACAGAGGGACAGGUGUGAGGGACAGAGGGACAGGUGUGCUGUCAGAGGCCGGACAGCCGGACACCCAGCCGGACAGACAGCCGGACAGACAGCCGGACAGACAGCCGGACACCCAGCCGGACAGACAGACGGACAGACAGACGGACACCCAGUCGGACAGACAGCCGGACAGACAGCCGGACAGACAGCCGGACACCCAGCCGGACACCCAGCCGGACAGACAGCCGGACAGACAGCCGGACAGACAGACGGACAGACAGACAGACACCCAGUCGGACAGACAGCCGGACAGACAGCCGGACAGACAGCCGGACACCCAGCCGGACACCCAGCCGGACAGACAGCCGGACAGACAGCCGGACAGACAGCCGGACACCCAGCCGGACAGACAGACGGACAGACAGACGGACACCCAGCCGGACAGACAGCCGGACACCCAGCCGGACAGACAGCCGGACAGACAGCCGGACAGACAGCCGGACACCCAGCCGGACAGACAGACGGACAGACAGACGGACACCCAGCCCGCCGCACCGGCAGGAGCCGCGGAGCCGCCCGGCAGCCGCCGAGCCCCACCCCGGGGCGGGGAAGGGGAAAAGCCCCGAAAAGGAGCAAAGAAGGAAGGAGAAACAAACAAACACAGACAGACAGACCGACAGGCGGACAGACCGACAGAAAGACCGACAAACCCCGCGGCAGCCGAGCGGGGCCAGCGGGGCCGAAGGUCGGGCAGGGCGGACCUUGCCCCGCGGCCCCGCCGGUGCCACCGGCGCCCCGUGGCCAUGGCGCUGCCCCCGGCUCUGGCCGCGGCCGUGGCCGGGCUGCUCCUGCUCCUGCUCCUGCUCCUCCUGCUGCCACCCGCGGCCAGAGCGCGGCUGCUGCCACCGCCGCCCCUCCUGUGGCAAGACUUGGUGGCUUUCGCCAGCACGGCCGGGUCAUCGGUGCGCUGCCGCCGCCGCCUGGCCCGCCGCCCCGCCGUCACCCUGCUCGACGUGUUCCGGCAGCACGCCCGGAGCCGGCCCCGCCGGCCGCUGCUCCGCUUCCAGGAGGAGAUUUACACCUUCGAGGAUGUGGAGAGGAUCAGCAACCGCGCGGCCUGGGCGCUGUCCCGGCGCCUGGAGCUGCGCCCCGGGCGCACGGUGGCCGUGUUCCUGCCCAACGAGCCCGCGUACCUGUGGACGUGGCUGGCGCUGGCCAAGCUGGGUUGCCCCAUGGCGUGUCUCAACUGCAACGUGAGGGGACGGGCACUGAGGCACGCGCUGGAGGCGGCCCAGGCCACCCUGGUGCUCGCCAGCCCCGAGCUCCGGGAGGCCGUGGAGGAGGUGCUGCCGGAGCUGCGGCGCGACGGCGUCGGCGUCUUCUACCUGAGCUCGGCGUCGCCCACGCCGGGCGUGGAGGCGCUGCUCCCCGCCAUCGAGGCGGCCCCCGACGAGCCCCUGCCCGCCCGGCACCGCGCCGGCGUCACCGCCAGCUCCAAGGCCAUGUUCAUCUACACCUCCGGCACCACCGGGCUGCCCAAGGCCGCGGUGAUCACGGAGCUGAGGCUGAUGAUGGUGGCCAGCCUGGGCCGGAUCUGCGGCCUGCGGCCCGACGACGUCGUCUACACCACGCUGCCGCUCUACCACUCGGCCGGGCUGCUGGUCGGGCUUGGGGGGUGCCUGGAGGUCGGAGCCACCUGUGUCCUGCGCUCCAAGUUCUCGGCCUCCCAGUUCUGGUCCGACUGUCGGCGCUACAACGUCACCGUCAUCCAGUACGUGGGCGAGCUCAUGCGCUACCUGUGCAACACGCCCAAGCGCGCCGAUGACCGCGAGCACGGCGUGCGCAUGGCCGUGGGCAACGGCAUGAGGGCGGAGGUGUGGAGGGAAUUCCUGCGGCGCUUCGGGCCCGUGGCCAUCUGGGAGUUCUACGGGGCCACCGAGGGCAACGCCGGCUUCAUCAACUACACCGGGAAGGUCGGGGCCGUGGGCAGGGCCAACAGGUUCCUCAAGCUCUUCGCUCCCUUCGAGCUGGUCAGGUACGACGUGGAGGAGGACGAGGUCGUGCGCGACGAGCGAGGGCUCUGCAUCCCCGUCAAACCCGGUGAGACAGGGCUGCUGGUGGUCAAAAUCACCAAGAACACCCCGUUCAACGGCUACGCCGGUGACGCGCAGAAGACGGAGAAGAAGAUCCUGAGGGACGUCUUGGCCAAAGGCGACGCCUUCUUCAACAGCGGCGACCUCCUCAUGAUGGACCACGAGAAGUUCAUCUACUUCCAGGACCGCGUCGGGGACACCUUCCGCUGGAAAGGGGAGAACGUGGCCACGACGGAGGUGGAGGCCACGCUGGGCUUGGUGAGCUUCAUCCAGGAGGUCAACGUCUACGGCGUGGCUGUGCCGGGGUGCGAGGGCCGCUGUGGCAUGGCCGCUGUGUGCCUCAAGGACGGCGCCACCUUCGACGGUGACAAACUCUAUGCCUUCACGCGGGAAACGCUGCCCGCCUACGCCGCCCCCCGCUUCGUCCGGAUCAAGGACGCUCUGGAGAUCACGGGGACCUUCAAGCAGUGCAAGAGCAACCUGGUCAAGGAGGGCUUCGACCCCGCCGUGGUCCGGGACCGCCUCUUCUUCCGCGACGACGCCCGCAGAUCCUACGUGCCGUUGACCGCCGCCACCUUCGCCGCCAUCCGCGACAUGAAGCUCAGUCUCUAGCGGCGCUCUGGGGGCCCCGGGGCUCUGAUGGCCUCGGGGUAAUUAGCAGAGGCUAAUUUGGGGCUAAUCAGGCUUCGUUUGGGGGGGUUUUAACCGUGUGAAGGGCGAUGGGUCGGUGUUACCUCGCCCUGCGCUUCUGUGCUGUGGAAAUUAAGCCCUUAAUUCCCGGUU